CUACGUACGUACCCGGUAACUGAUCGCCGAUCGGAGGUCGGGUCUUGUUUGUUUGCCAGCUUACGUUUGGGGAUCUGCUGAAAUAUUUGAGGAUUUGUUUGCCAUUGCAUGAUCCUAACAAAUCAUCUUUGGUUGCAGAUGAGGUAAAGUUGAGCUUUCCCUCUAUCCCCCAAUGGAACCUUUAGAUGAAUCCUCACCUCCUAAGCGACGACUUUCUCAGCCGGUCGACAUCACCCCAACAAAUAUCACAUUUGAUCAUGAUGCAUGGGAUAUUGCCGAUGCCUUCCCCGAUGUCAUUAGGGACAUUGAGUCAAGUUUAAAAGAAGCGAAGCCAGACAGCGCAGCAGCCUUGCUCGGAUUGGAUAUCGAUUUAGACGACAACGAUCAUUUCCACCGAUUAGUUGGAUCAACAUAUCGAGACGUAGUGGUUAAGGUUGAAGUUGAUGAUUCUCCUAUGAUAGAGGACACUGGAGAAUGCUUUCAACCAGAUAGUAGAAUAAAAGAGGAAUCACCAGAUGGUAGAAUAAAAGAGGAAUCACCAGAUGGUAGAAUAAAAGAGGAACCACCAGAUGAAGAAGAGGAAGUAUGUAGAGUAAAAGAAGAAAGAGUAGAAGAAUUGAAUCUUGAAUCCAGUGUCAAGAUUGAAGUCAAUGAUUCUAUGAUGGAGGAAACAGAAGACCCAUUUCAUCUUGAGGGAAGAGAAGAAUUACAAGAAGAGGAGGAGGAAGAAAGAGGAAAAAAAGAAAGAUUAGAAGAGAUAGAGGAUGAUGGAGUGAUUCCAGAAGAAGAUAAUGAAGAAUGGAUGGAUGAUGGAGCGAGUGAUGAAGAAAUGGUAGUUCUUGAUGAAGAUGGUGAUAAUGAAGAGGAGGAGGAGGAAAACCAUGACAUUGGUGAUGAACUCUUACAAUUGAAACAUUCCACAAGUGAUAAUGGCAGUCGCAAAAACGUCAUAACAAACAAUACUAGUGGUUUAUCACAUAGAAACAAUCCAGAGACUACUAAUGAUGCAGGCGGAAGCAUCACAGAGGGUACUCAUGGUGAGGAUGGUGAUGAUGUAGAAGAGGAAGUAGAUGAGGAGGAGGAAGGAGAGAUGAUAGAUGAUGAGUGGGAUUCUGAUAGUGAAGGUGAUCUUGAUGCUCUUCUAGAUGAGGGAUUACCAGAGCAGUACAAACAAAGUAAAAGUGAUGGUACACAACAAGGGAAAGGAAGGAAGAAGGCUGGAGAGGCAUGGAGGAAGGUCCUUACUCAAGGUGCUCUCCCUGAAGGUCUUAUAGGAGUCAAGGAAAAAACAGUACUUAAGAGACGAGGUCAAGAGCCUUUAGAAGGUUUACCUGAUGGUUGGGUGAGAAUCAGUCAUCAAUGUGGGAUGCCUCUUUAUCUCCAUCGACCUUCAAGAGUAUGUACCUGGUCUAGACCUUACCUUCUAGGCUCAGGUAGUGCUAGGCGCCACCGUGUUCCAGUAGCUGCUAUACCCUGUAUGCAUUACAGUCGUGCCCUGGAGAAAGAGAAGAAGGGAGAAUCAGAUGCCAAAGACAUAAAGGCAAUACCUUCAGAUCUUCCUAAUGGAGAUAUACCUGAUCAGCAUUCCACCUGUCCUAAAGGAGAAAAUAAUAAGACCAAUCCUGAUACUGAGAUGAAAGGACAAGAGUCUAAAGGAGAGGUGUCAAAGUUUAAGAAGAAUCGUGUUCAUAUAUGUGAAGAUGAUUCUGUAGAUGUUAAGGAUCUUCAAGAGUACUUAUCUAGAAUAUUCCAGUUUGAAAAAAUAGCCAUCAAGAGAUUCAAAUCUUGGGCAUCAAGAAGAAAGUACACCAAAGCAGUGAAAAAUAAAGAACGACCUCAAUUUCCUGGAGGUCCUAAGGUGUUACGAUGUCAGCUGGAAGGAAAUACCGGCAGAGAAUUUGUUAUCAAUGCUCAGGAUAAGACCCCAGUAUGUAUUCUUCAUGAGUAUGCACAGAGAGUCAUGAGAACUCAACCUCAGUAUGUCUUUGGGGAGAGCAGGAAUGCUAGUGCUCCAUUUGAAGCUGUAGUUGAGAUCAAAGGUGUGAAGUAUGGUAGAGGAGAAGCGACCAGUAAAAGAUUAGCUAAAGCUGAAGCAGCAAAGAAAACUUUAGAUAUCUUAGUACCAGAACUCAUCUCAGACUUCAAAGAAAAGGCACCAUCCGAUACAGAGUAUUUUGACCAUGUAGCUAUUGAUGAUAUAAGGAUCUAUGAUCUAUGUAUGAAGGCAGGACAACUCACUCCAUGGCAGGUUCUUCAAGAAUAUAUACAAAGGAGUCAUGGUAUGGCAGAUACAAAGUUCAGUAUGAAUAUAAAACUCAAAGAUCAUCAACGUAGUGAAUACACUCUCACUCUAGGUCCACAUAAAGUAACGGGAAUGUGCAAAAAUAAAGCCAAUGGAAAACAACAAGGAGCUCAGAAGCUAUUAAAACAACUCCAUCCUGAGCUAAGAAGUUGGGGAGCUAUCAUCAAGAUGUAUGGAAAGGGAUCUAGUGAGAUCAAUAGAGAGAAGAAGGAAGCUGAAUUGAGCGUGACAGGACUGACCCAUAACACACCCAGAGCUAAACCUAAUAGGAAGAUCCUGAAUAAACUUCGCCUUGAGAUGAUGAAGACUUACGGAGAGAAGAAUUGGUUAGAUGAGGAGGUGGAGAGGCAGAAGAAACAAGGAGAAGAUGGGGAACAAGACAUGGAAGAGGAAAAUAAAAUGGAGUGUUCUUAAUAAAUAUUGGUGCUGCUGUUUGAUAAUGUAGAAGACUAUUAAUGCCAGUAGGUCUACACCCACUUGGUCUACUUUCCCUUUGCCUUUGUUUUCCUGCCAUGGUCUAAUCCUAGUUCAUCUAUCACCAUUUCAUCUACUUGAUCUAAUACCCCCUUAGUGUCCCCCUUUUACCCCUCUGUCUAAUUUUCAGUUAGGCUAAACUCAUUUGGUCUAAUAUCCACUUGAUCUGACACCUCUUAGUAUAUAUGAUUAGAUGAGCUGGUAAUGAAUUUAAUGUUACUUAAACAAAGUGUAGAAUGAUGAGAAGUCAAAUUGGUAAUUAGACUGUAUGUAUAUUAGUAUAAAUUGUAAUUGUAAAGUACAGGUGGUAAUUAGUUUAAAUUGAUCAUAUACCUCAUGGGCUUAGCCAUGAUGGUGUUAGAUGAUCUGAGAUUAGACCUUGUACAAAUAGGCCAAGUGGCUGCAACCUAUCUGAGAUAACUAGAUAUGAUGGGAUAAGCGAUGGCAUUCUUAAUAAAGCAAUUGACCUGUCUUGAGGGAAAAGAGGAAAUUUCUGGUUAAUAUUCUUGUUGAUAUCAGCCAUGACAAAUUACCUCUUAAUCCCUGAACAUUCUUAGAAAUGGCAUGAUUGCUGAAUUUUAAUUGUUUUUGUAUUGUUUAACCAGUUGUUUACUAGUAUUUAAUGGCCCCUGUGCAAAGUCUAUUUGAAUAAGAGUUCAGCAGGCAUUUUAAUAGGUUAAGACAUUCAUGUGAGUGAAUACCCAAUAGCCUUCUUGCACUUAGCUAACUUUCCGUCCGUACUUGCCAAAAUGAAUGUUCUCUUUGUCGGCUUGGCCAUUUUUUAAAAGAAUCGUAUAGAUUCUUAUUAUUAGUAUUAUUGUUGUUCUUCUUUUAUAUACCAGUUAAUGGCAAUAGAGACGUGAUAAUGAUUUAGAAUAAUUAAUAAGAUUUGUUUAUUCACUUGUUAAUGCAUUCAUACAAGUGUGAUAAUAUUAAUGAAAGGCGGGGGUAAGAUCUUUGAUAGUAAAAUAAGACAAUGAGACAAUAAUAGGUCAUAGUUCCUUUACUCCCGUAGGAUAAUUGAAUAUAAAGAGAUAGAUCAUUGAUCAGUGCAGAGAAUCAAAAUUUGAUAAGUUAAAAAGUUGAAGGGAAAAAAAAUCAGCUUUAAUCAAAUUGUAAAAAAUAGGUCUCAGUAUAAGGGGCACAUUUUUGUUAAUAAUGACUAGCAUCUGUAUUACCAAUGAAAAAUGAUAACAAUUGAAGUUAUCCCUAGUGAAUGGAGUUAGAGACUGUGUUGCAAUAGUAUACUCAUUGAGGUAUUCAAUCAUAACAGUGAGAUUGUUUUGAUAUGCAUCUGCAAUAUCAUUUGCUUGCCACCUUUAAUGCCACAUUCAUUUUGAUGAAGUCGUAUUAUGUGAUCUGUUUUCCGCUUUCUACAACUCUUUGUCAUGGAUCAUUUGUCCAUACGUUGUGAUCGAUGAGUUACACUCAAUACAAACCAUGGUCAUUUAUGUUUAAGAAAAUAGAUAUUGAUCUUUAAUAUCAAAUUUCCUUUGUCAGAUAUUUCAAAGCAAAAUACUCAUGUAAAGAAAGAUUCCUUUAAGACGUUGGUCAAUAUUACAAAGGUAUCGUUAAAAUACUUCCUGAACUUUUAUGUGUGUUGCAUUAAGUAUUAUUUGUAUAGAUAAAAAACACUUAGGACAAAAAAUCAUGCAGUCACUUUCAAGAUAUCUUUGAUGAAAUAAAUCAUUUAAUUUCUUUGCCGUGUAUAAUUGUAUACUGUUGAAUGAAAUUGGAAUGGGUUUUCCAGUUAUUUGUACUUUUUUUUAUUAUCGAAUAAUGAUAUAAGGUGCAAUUUGUUUGGGGCUUCAGUUUUCCAUCAUAUCGUAGACACAGGCAACAAUUGGGACUUUUACUGUGCCAGAAUUUCAAAAGUCAAAUCAAUAUUAACCAAUGCCUCUGAUUCUGGACAAGAUAUUACAUAUGUACUUUUUAAGAUGUGGGGCAAUUAAUAACUUGCUUUCUCAUUGGUUUAGAUGGAACAAUAUCUAUUAAAAUGAAAUAUAUUAAACUAAUUAUAAAGAAUCAGUGCAAAAAUAUAUAGGAAAGAUAGGACAAAAAGUAAAAUCAACUUUAGACAUAGUUAAGAAUUCAUACUGACAUUAUUGGUGCUUUUAUGGUUGUAGUGUAUCUUGUAUACACAUUAUUAAUAUAAUAAAGUAUUUCCUUGCAAUGAUGAAAAUGUAUUACAUUUUAAAAUGUCCUGUGUUCAAAAUAUUUGGUUAUGAAUUUAGGAAUGUGUACAUUGAUUUUAAUGACAUUGUGUUGAUAUUUUAUAAAGGGCCCGCUUUCACCAUUAAUAUAAUUUUGCAAUUACUUGUAACUUCCAUAGAAACCUUGAUUUUGAUUGGCCGAUGUUCAAUGUUACAGUGAUACCAUUGAUGGUGAUUUUUGCAAUAAGCCCUCUGUGGGAUUAUGAAAUUAUUUGUCUUCUUGGAGUUGUAUGCUCUCCUCAACAAGUUGGUUAUUACAGUAUUGCUAGUUUUGUGCAAAUGUGUCAUAGUACUACAGAAUAUCAAAGGUUUGACAAUCAUGUAAAGCGUAACUAUGAAUAUUUGUUUAAUUACUCAUAGUCACCAGGAUGAAUUGAAAUGAAUUACUCAUUAAGAGUGUAUGAUUGCAUUUAUCAAUCAGAAACUUUUGUAUUGACUUUAACAGUAUUAUACUUUAUUUAAUUUAUUUUGGUCUAUGUAGAACAUGGUUGAGUGCCUUUAACCACAUAAUGUGAUCCAAUGCUCAAGUAACAAAAUGUGAAUUGUGAUCCUAGGAUUUGUAAACUAAUCAGCUACAAAUUAUAUUCACGUCAAGGCACUGUUUUGUCAAGAAUUCAGUGUAAUAUCUUUUUAAAGUCACUUGUAAGGAACCUUUUCAAUAGUCUGUACAGCAUCUUUAGCAGGGAUUCAGCUGUUUGUCUUUUCUUAGAUGCUUUCCCACAUUCCUGGGGUUAUUUUCUACGAUGAAAUGAUAGAAUUGGGAUUAAAAGCGGCUUGCAGGUUUCCUGCAGAAAAAAAACAUGACACUGACUUAUGACAAGGUGCCUAGUUGCAAAUGAGUAUAUUGAGUAUUAUCUCAUUGACAACUACGCAUAAAUAUAUUCCCAGACCAGACUAAGCAAGGUUGCUUUUGAUGCUUCAUGCAUUAAAAAGAACUAUCUAGGCCAUUCCAAAGAGUUGAUUUGAAUAAGUAGAUUAAAUAUCAAGCAAACUGAACAUUUCUUCAACGUGGAUGUAGAAUAAGAAAUUCCUGACAUUUUAAAGCCUAGUUUAUUUAAUUCAUUAAAAAACUUUUAUGAAUAAAAUGAAUAACAUGCAAAAGAGGGAACUAAUGGCAUCACCCUCUUAUUAUUUCAUUUGUACUUUAUGAGAGGAAAUAUGAAACAUUGCAAUCUCUCCUUAAAAUUGAGCAUCUGCAUUUAUUUCUCUGUUAGUAUGUGGAAUUGCCAUUUUUGUAGCCUAUUUCGAUUUAUUUAAGAGCUUCCUGUCAAAUCUACAAAAAAAUAGAUAUUCUAUGAUAAAAUAUAAAAGAAAUUUGGAGUGUGUGACCUCAUUGGGCACUCUCAUAUGCAUAUCACCGUGUCAUUCAUAUAACUUCUUUGUGAAUAUAAAGGUUCUGUGUAAAAAAGCCAAACUAUUAGUGUCAUAACUCUAAUAUUACAUCCAAUUUUGCUUAGAAAAGAUUAAGUGUUAAUGAUUUUUUUUUUUUCAAAUCAACUUGUUAUUUAGAUGGACUUGACCUUUAAAUGCACUGUUAAGUACUUAACUCUGUACUACUGAUCCUUUUUAUUGAAUAUAACUGUUGAUGUAUGGUUGAAUGAUAGCCUUACCCACUACUCCAAAAAGAUUUCUUUCAAUUUUUUUGUUCAAUCCAACUUUAAUCAUGAAAAUGUGUUUAAAUUUGUACAAUAUAUCUAUUUUCUUUUCUUAGUGAUGAUGUGUAGUAUGUGUAUUAUUAUGAAGCCAGCUUUGGAUGUGCCACAAUUGAUUUGAAAUUAUAUCUUAAAAAAUUAUCAUUUCUUAUUGCACCUGUAUCAUUAAAAUGUAAUCAAAUUUAUAAUAUUUUCUAUCGAUAUUCAAUAGUGUUUUGGGAUUCAGAAGACGAAAAAGGGAGAUUUUUACUUGUUUUAUAAAAAAGUUCACAUAAUUUUGUCUCAUUUAUGGAUCAAAUGAUUUUCAUUUCCAAAAAUUGUUUUGUCAUUUACAAGAUUGCAAUGUUUGUUUUCCUUCAAAUCUCAUUGAUCUGUUUUCAAAAUGAAAUCCAACUUGGUUGCUUAAUAGCUUCCUUUAAUGUGGUCAAGGCUUUUGUUAUCAAUUAAGUUGUCAAUAUGUCUUAUUAAAGAGCAAAUACUU